UGUUUUUAUGCAGACUUGGCAGGCGCAGGGAAGGAGCGAAAAAUUAAGGUCGUGUUCCCCUGUCACUUCCCUUCCUCUCCCCACUAUCCACAUCCACCUGCUCCUGACCGAUACAUCUCCAGACCGCACCACCUUGCUCGACUCGACUACCAGAAUUUCUGGACCUUUCCUGUUCUCUACCAAAACACCAAAAAUCUUCCCUCUUCACGUCCAAAACAUACAAUAUGCGUGAAGUCAUCAGCAUCAACGGUAAGCACCCCUCUUUACGCGCCACACACCGCUUCAAAACCCCCCUCAACAAAAAUCUGGUGCUAAUCAUUCUGUGCUCUCUAGUCGGCCAGGCCGGUUGCCAAAUUGCAAACUCUUGCUGGGAGGUAAGAUACAUCAACGACGACAUAUCAUAUACUAUACCUGGAAUAUUGGCAUGCUCUUCUGCUUUGAACUCGACUAACUCAAUCUUGUUGAUAGCUCUACUGCCUCGAGCACGGUAUCCAGGUAUGUUUACAGCAUCCAAUAACCCCCCUUAUGGCACUUCUGCCAUCAAAAACAUUUUACUGACGCGUCAAUUCUCAACAGCCUGAUGGAUACUUGACCGAGGAGCGCAAGGCGGCAGACCCUGAUCAGGGAUUCAGCACUUUCUUCUCUGAGACUGGUAAGCAAUUGUAGACUUCCAUAUUUUGCCACAUGCGCAUACUGAUAUAUCUCGGUCAACAGGACAAGGAAAAUACGUUCCCCGAACCAUCUACUGCGAUCUCGAGCCAAAUGUCGUCGACGAAGUCCGUACCGGUACCUACCGAAGUCUGUUCCACCCCGAGCAAAUGAUCACCGGAAAGGAGGAUGCAUCAAACAACUACGCCCGUGGUCACUACACUGUCGGAAAGGAGUUGAUUGAUCAGGUUCUCGACAAGGUCCGCCACGUCGCAGAUAACUGCUCUGGUCUUCAAGGUUUCCUUGUUUUCCACUCCUUUGGUGGUGGAACCGGAUCUGGAUUUGGUGCUCUUUUGAUGGAGCGUUUGUCCGUAGACUUUGGCAAGAAGGUCAAGUUGGAAUUCUGCAUUUACCCAGCACCACAAACCGCUACCUCCGUCGUGGAACCAUACAACUCUAUCCUCACAACCCACACCACCCUCGAACACUCCGAUUGUUCCUUCAUGGUCGACAACGAGGCCAUUUAUGACAUCUGCAGACGUAACCUUGGUCUAGAGAGACCCAACUAUGAGAACUUGAACCGUUUGAUUGCUCAAGGUACUUUGGAUACUCGUAUUCUUCGAGUUUCACGGCUAAUAGAUUUAUAGUCGUCUCUUCCAUUACCGCCUCCCUCCGUUUCGAUGGUUCCCUCAACGUUGAUUUGAAUGAGUUCCAGACUAACUUGGUCCCGUACCCACGUAUCCAUUUCCCUCUUGUUGCAUACGCACCAGUUGUCUCCUCAGCAAAGGCUUCCCACGAGGCCAACUCUGUCCAGGAGAUCUCAAUGUCUUGCUUCGAGCCUAACAACCAGAUGGUCAAGUGUGAUCCACGUACCGGAAAAUACAUGGCCACUUGCUUGUUGUACCGUGGUGAUGUCGUUACCAAGGAUGUUCACGCCGCCGUUGCUACUCUCAAGACCAAGCGAACUAUUCAAUUCGUUGAUUGGUGCCCAACUGGUUUCAAAAUUGGUAUCUGCUUCGAGCCACCUCAAAUGGUUCCUAACGGAGAUUUGGCAAAGGUCAACCGUGCUGUGUAAGUUUUUGCGUACCUUGAUACUCCUCAAACUGUACUAAUACAAUUCUAGCUGCAUGUUGUCCAACACCACCGCUAUCGCCGAGGCCUGGUCCGCUCUUUCUCACAAAUUCGAUCUCAUGUACUCCAAGCGUGCCUUCGUUCACUGGUAUGUUGGUGAGGGUAUGGAGGAAGGAGAAUUCUCCGAGGCCCGUGAGGAUCUUGCUGCUCUUGAGAGAGAUUACGAGGAGGUUGCCACUGACUCCAUGGAGGGUGAGGAUGCUGGUGAGGCAGAGUACUAGAUCAAGAAUGAUUCGGUGCAUGUCCAGAGGUCUCUUGUGAGAUUACAUAUCAGAGGGCUAGAUUUGGACUUGAUUACCCCAGGAUCCAGCACUCGGAGUCACGGAGCUUCAUCAUUGUCAUUCGGGAGUCGUUAGGGCUGUAUUGUCUUUUUCUUUUCUUUUUAACUACUUGUGAGCACCGUGAAGGAUGUUCCUCUUCGAUCAGAAUGGUACGCAAUAAACCUUUGUAAUUCAGGCAGACUGCUCAAUGUCUCAAAAGUCAAAUUUUUGGCUUUGUUUUGGCGUUGUGAUACACCUCUUAUUCUGAUACACACAAAAUUGAAUUCUCUUUAAUACAUC